AUGCGGCGUCGGCAGAGGCUUGCCUGCUGCUGGCGCCGGCGCUGGCUGCUCUGCUCGCUGCUGCUGCGACUGGUGCUGCUGCCAGCGGCGACGUCCGAAACCAAAGAAAGUGCAAUCUUGGCCAAGCCAAAAGCGCUGUCCCAGCAGCAUCCUCCUCCCCCCACGGUAAACACAACGUCCCCAGACAAUGCGGGCGGAGCCAGCCCUGCAACGCCGGCGGGCAUCAGGGAGAACGUCAUGCUGCCCUCAGCCGAUCCCGAGCGUGAGGCUCAGAUCCUCUAUGAGAAGUCCCUACAGGAGUACCACGGAAGUCAGCUGUCCGCCACCGUCGCCACUGACGUGGCCGGCGGAAAGCGCACACUGCACGCGCUCUGCGAGCGGUGGCAGCAGAAGCACUGCCAGUGUAGCGGCAGCCUGGAGAGCGUGCGACUCAGCUGCCGCGGCAUCGGGAUCCUGGCAGUGCCCGUCAACCUGCCCGGCGAGGUGAUCGUCCUAGAUUUGGGAAACAACAACUUGACCAAGCUGGAGGCGAACUCAUUCUUUAUGGUGCCGAAUCUGGAGGAGCUAACUUUGUCCGACAAUAGCAUCAUUAAUAUGGAUCCCAAUGCAUUCUACGGCCUGGCGAAAUUGAAACGUUUGAGCCUGCAGAACUGUGGCCUCAAGUCCCUGCCGUCGCAGUCGUUCCAAGGACUCGCCCAGCUGACCAGCCUCCAACUGAAUGGCAACGCCCUGGUCAGCCUGGACGGGGACUGCCUUGGCCACCUGCAGAAACUGCGCACCUUGCGCCUGGAAGGCAACCUCUUCUACCGCAUUCCCACCAACGCUCUGGCAGGACUCCGAACACUCGAAGCACUCAAUUUGGGCAGCAAUUUGUUGACAAUAAUAAACGACGAGGACUUUCCACGAAUGCCAAACUUGAUCGUGCUUUUGCUGAAGCGAAAUCAAAUCAUGAAAAUCUCCGCGGGCGCCCUCAAAAAUUUAACUGCUUUAAAAGUUUUGGAGCUGGAUGAUAAUUUAAUAAGCAGUCUGCCCGAGGGACUCGGCAAAUUGUCGCAGCUGCAGGAGCUUUCCAUCACCAGCAAUCGACUGCGCUGGAUAAACGACACGGAGCUGCCGAGGAGCAUGCAAAUGCUGGACAUGAGGGCCAAUCCGCUGUCGACCAUUUCCACCGGGGCCUUUCGAGGAAUGACCAAGCUGCGGAAGCUGACUCUAUCGGAUGUGCGAACUCUGCGCUCGUUUCCAGAGCUCGAGGCCUGCCAUGCCCUGGAAAUACUCAAACUGGAUCGCGCCGGCAUUCAGGAGGUGCCAGCCAAUCUAUGCCGUCAAACACCAAGACUGAAGAGUUUAGAACUUAAAACCAAUUCCCUGAAACGCAUCCCAAAUUUAAGUAGCUGCAGAGACUUAAGGCUGUUAGAUCUAUCCAGCAAUCAAAUUGAGACGAUUCAGGGGAAGCCCUUCAGCGGUCUGAAGCAGUUGCACGACUUGUUGCUCUCGUACAACCGCAUCAAGGCUUUGCCCCAAGACGCCUUCACCGGCAUCCCCAAACUCCAGCUGCUAGACUUGGAGGGAAAUGAGAUCUCCUAUAUUCACAAGGAAGCCUUCGCUGGUUUCACAGCACUUGAGGAUCUCAAUUUGGGGAACAACGUGUUUCCCGAACUACCCGAAUCGGGACUGAGGGCCCUGCUCCAUCUGAAGACCUUCAACAACCCAAAGCUGAGGGAGUUUCCCCCACCAGACACCUUUCCACGCAUCCAGACGCUGAUCCUCUCGUAUGCCUACCACUGCUGCGCCUUCCUGCCUCUGGUGGCGAUGUCGGCUCAGCGGAAAACCUCCCAGGUCCAGGAAGCCGUACUCUUUCCCUCUGACGCCGAGUUCGAUAUGACGCUGUGGAACAACAGCAUGAUGAAUAUUUGGCCCCAGAUGCAUAAUCUCAGCAAGCAGCUGGGAGCCACCAUGCACGAUCCUUGGGAGGCAGCAGCCAACUUCAACGAGGACCAGCUGCAGUCGCAGAGCGGAGGUCAGAUCGCCACCAGCUUCAUGGAGGAGUACUUCGAGGAGCACGACGUGAGCGGUCCGGCCACGGGCUAUGGCUUCGGGACCGGCCUGUUCUCGGGCAUGUCCGCCGAGGACUUCCAGCCGGGUUCGGUGCAGUGCCUGCCGAUGCCGGGUCCCUUUCUUCCCUGCGCCGAUCUCUUCGAUUGGUGGACCUUGCGUUGCGGAGUAUGGGUGGUCUUCCUGCUGGCCCUUCUGGGCAACGGCACCGUGGUGUUUGUGCUGUUAUGUUCGCGCUCGAAGAUGGACGUGCCGCGGUUUCUGGUCUGCAAUCUGGCGGCCGCCGACUUCUUCAUGGGCAUUUACCUGGGCAUCCUGGCCAUUGUGGACGCGGCGACCCUGGGCGAGUUCCGCAUGUUUGCCAUUCCCUGGCAAAUGUCGCUGUUGUGCCAGCUGUCCGGUUUUCUGGCAGUGCUUAGCUCGGAGUUGUCCGUGUACACGCUGGCGGUGAUCACCUUGGAGCGCAACUACGCCAUCACCCACGCUAUUCACCUCAACAAGAGGCUCUCCCUGCGGCAGGCGGGGUACAUCAUGAGCGUGGGCUGGGUCUUCGCUCUGAUCAUGGCCUUGAUGCCCCUGCUGGGAGUCUCCGACUACAGGAAGUUUGCCGUGUGCCUGCCCUUCGAGACGACCACGGGUCCAGCCAGCCUGACCUACGUGAUCUCGCUGAUGAUCAUCAACGGCUGCGCCUUUCUCACCCUGAUGGGCUGCUACCUGAAGAUGUACUGGGCUAUCCGAGGCAGUCAGGCCUGGAACACGAACGACUCGCGGAUAGCCAAGCGGAUGGCCCUCCUGGUCUUCACCGACUUCCUCUGCUGGUCGCCGAUAGCCUUCUUCUCCAUCACGGCCAUCUUUGGACUGCAGCUCAUUUCCCUGGAGCAGGCCAAGAUCUUCACUGUGUUCGUGCUGCCCCUGAACAGCUGCUGCAACCCCUUCCUCUACGCCAUCAUGACCAAGCAGUUCAAGAAGGACUGCGUGACUCUGUGCAAGCACUUCGAGGAGUCCCGGGUGGUGGGAGGAGGCGGAGGAGGACAUGGGCAGGGGGGAGCCCGGGGGGCGGUGGCGCGCACCAAGAGGGGUGAGCUGCCGCCGCCGCUGCUGCCCGCUGCGGCCGUCGCCCAUCCGCCGGGCUGCCGCUGCCUGAGGAUGCUGCCCAGCGAGAUGCCCAACUGGCACAAGAUGGAGCAGACGCCCAGUCUGUGGCAGCGCCUGCGGGCCUUCUGCUGUGGCGACCGUCGGCGACGCCGCAAGCAGCGACGCCAGCCGCAGCCGCGCCGCCAACGGGCCUACACCGCCGCGGCGGCCAAUCCAUACCAGUACCAGUUCGCCGAGCUACGCCAGCAGCGCCAAAACCGAGCCAGCUCCAUCUCCAGCGAGAACUUCUGCAGCUCGCGCUCCUCCAGCUGGCGACACGGGCCGCCCUCCUCGGCCCCCGUGCCGCCUGGCAACUGCAGCAUGCCGCUGAAGAUGCUGGAGCCGCACGGCUACCCUCACGGCGGCGGGCACGGCCGGAGGCGGCACUCCGCCUGGCUGAUAACCCGCAAGACGUCGCAGGACUCGAACCUGUCCAGCUCGAGGAAUGAUUCCUCGGCCUCGGCCACCACCGCCAGCACCUCGACCUUCCGUCUCUCCCGCUCGAGUGCUGGCAGCAGCACGCCCCUGCCAUCCAUCAUAGCCCACAACGGGAAGGCCCAACUGGAUGCGGCCAAGCCGAGACUAGUGCGCCAGGAGGCUGUCCAGGAGGAGGAGGACUCCUCGCCUCCCCGGCUGGGAGUGCGAUUCUUGCCCACCAUUCCCUCGGCAGCGGACAGCUCGGUGAUUAUGGAGGACGGCGACUCUGCCAACGCUGGAGCGCCCAGUUUCCUGGGCAUGCCACUGCCAGGAGCCGCCAGCGGCUUCCUCAUUGCACCGUCAUCGCCAACACCAACACUUUCACCGCCACCCCCAGUGGUGCUGCAGCCGGCGAAGCCUCCGCCCGAUCCCAAUGACGCCCCGCCAUGAUGGUGGGACUACGGCUGGCGGGGCAUGCGCAGAGCCAACAGGGAGACCUUUCUCUAGGGUAGCGGGAGCAGGAGAAAAGCUGACUGUGUUCGUAGAUUGUAUGCGGGCGGGAGAAUAUGACACCUAGGCUAGUAAGACACCAAGUAUGCAGAGUCCCAUUAGGAGUCUGCGAUAUAUAUAUGUAUAUGUAGUGUUAAGUAGUCAAUUUGUUAAGUUAGAGCAGGACCCAGUCAACCAUUAGAUGUCUCACGAAACCCAACAGGGCGACACAGCUUUAAGGAGACCAGUCCGCAGUCCCAUUGAAUUUUCAUUCAGGAUUAAUACGAAAAAAUUAUUUUCAGAAUAUAUGGUUUAUUCUUUAAUGAUGUAGAAUUUGUUUUUCUCA